AUGGACACCGAGAAACUCCUUGAGUUUUUAGAAGUGUCAGACUUGCAACUAGACGGGAAAAAUCGCAGGCAAGGCGUUUUUAAGAUGUCCAGAAACGAUUUUCGUGACAUUGGUCUUGAAUGGGGUCCAGCGAUAACAUUAGCCGACUUUGCAAAAGAAACAAAAAAACAAGGGCUUUUUCUUUCCGAAGCCCUCAGAAACGUUCUCUUAACUUAUAAUAUUGACAGCGAGGACCCAUAUAGCAUUCCGUCAUUCCACCUUCCAGAACCCGGCAUAAUGGCAGACGAUGACAAACACUUCCGUUUUUGCAUAGACGAUAUUUUGUUCCGGAUGAAGCAUUAUGGCACACUAACCGUGGGUAGUCUGGAGUCAAUGAGAAAUGAAUAUGUAUCUACACUGCUUGCAUGCGGCUAUGCAUAUUGCUCACAAAACUAG